UUCUCAUUUAUGGAUAUGUAUCUAGGGAAAGGAGAAUGGCUUCUGUAUACCUACAUGAUAAGGAGAAACAAGAUAUUUUAACGGAGCCUUUCCUUGACAAGCAGAGAACAUAUCCAGAGGGUUCGAUUAUGGAAAGGGGACUGGCAUCUGACCAACAUAAUAUUAAUAUUAUCGAGAUUCCAAAGGACUUGGAACCUUACCCGCCGAAAGAGACGUGUUGGAUCCAGAGGGUUCCGGAAAAGCUCAGAAAUAUACGCGAAGAAGCUUACACUCCCCAGCUAGUUUCCUUUGGCCCUCUUCACUAUGGCAAUCCAAAGCUGAAGCCAAUGCAGGUUCAUAAGAUCAAAUAUGAGCAAGAAUUCUGGAAUCGCGACUUCUGUAAACAUAUUCCGAAAGAGGAAAGGAUGAAAUUCAUGGAAACAGAAGAUUGGCUGGAAGACUUCCAGAGUAAGUAUGCAGUGACGUUUGAGUCUGUAGAUAGGUCGGAGUUGAAACGCUUGAUUUUACAAGAUGCCUGCUUCAUCUCUGAGCUCUUCUUGAGAAACUAUGAAAUUCAGCUAUAUAAUGAGAAGAGGCAAAGUAAGACUCCGGAGAACCUGCCUCAGGAAAUCAACAGACAUUCAGAGGACUACAUAUUGAGAAGACCAUGGCUGACGGAAGCUAUAAGACAGGACUUGAUACUGCUGGAAAAUCAGCUCCCAUAUUCUGUUCUCACUGAUCUAUUCGACUUCAUUUUCAACCCCACUCCAGUUAAAGUGCCUGAGUAUCUACCAGAACUAGAUGAGAAAAGUAAAAGGCAUGAUUUCUUUCUCAAAAUUGCCGCUGAAUUCUUCCUUAAAUAUUACAAAUUUGGAGAACCUCCAGCCAACGGUGCCGCUGCCGCGGAAUCAACAUUCCUGGAUAUAUUCCAGACCAAGGAAAAAAUCGAUUGUGAUCAAUUCAAGGAUAUUCCGAUCAAACAUUUCACUGAUUUGGUUAGAAAAUUUAUGCUUCCGGUCGACUGGAUGAGGACGAACAAUAAGGACAAACCUUCUGAUGACAGUUGCGUCCGCUGUCUCUAUUCUGCAAAGCAGCUGGAUAGAGCGGGGGUGAAGUGUGGGCCUCCUGGACCUGGAGAUAAAAAAGUUAGACUAACUGACAUAAAGAAGAAGGAUGGCCUCUGUCUGGGGAAUGGCUUCUGUUGCUAUUGGAUAAAUGGGUGCUGUUUGGAUUUGCAAAUCCCUGAAUUGAGUGUAAAAGACGACACCGAAUGCAUUAUGAGAAACGUCAUGGCGUUGGAGCUGUUUGUUUAUCCACGGGAGCCUUUUAUCUGCAAUUAUGUUUUUCUGCUGGAUCAACUCAUCAGCACUGAAGAAGAUGUGCAAUUUCUAAUUGACAAGAAAUUUGUUAGCAACUAGCUAGGCAGCAACAACGCAGUGGUUGCCUUGGUUAACAAACUCUGCGACCAAAUUGCGGUAUCAAAUUUCUUCUACGAUGAGCUCUGCGAAGAACUUAACAAACAUCAUGACAAUGCCUUCAACGUUUCCAGGGCCACCCUCGAAAGGGUCCUUCCUCCACUGCUGCCCUGUUUUCGUUGUAUUCUCCAUCUUCUCUAGCUGGUUAACCAUCAAGAGUCUCUUCUAUUAGUUUCAAAUAACAAAAUUGAUGCAAGGACAGACGUACGAACGACGUUGAAUAAUCACCGAUGGAUGAAAAUGUAAAUGUAGUUAUAUCAAUUAACUAGAUAAAAGAUCAAGUGUACGUGGUUUCUUUCUGUUGUAGUGAGUGUACGUGGUUUCUCUAUUGUACUGUUAUGGUCGGUUUGG